GUUUGUUAUGGGGAAAAGAAGCCAAAACAUAAACAAACAGAGGUGGGUGGCAUGCUGACACUUUGAUCACUUCAUUUCAUUUUUAUAAAUUUUAAGCUAUUUAUUAACUAACAAAGAGCCUCCACCACCUCCUUCUCUCUCUCUCCCCACCACUGCUCUCCUCCACUCUCCUCUUACCUUUGUUUUGCUUUGUCAUUAUUAAACAUCAAACCCAUUCUCUCUCUCUCUCUCUCAACAUGUUUCAUCUGAUCAAGAACUGAGAGUGGUGGAUUUGUGCAAACAUAAGGCUGGAAAUCUUUGACAUGAAAAGCUCAAAAUCCGAUCAUGGAGUGGAAAAUGAUUGUGAUGCUAUCGACAUGUCGAAUCAAGACUCUUCCAAAGGCAGCUGCAGCCUAAUUGAGCUGAGCUCCGACUCAAUCUCCCUCGACCUAUCUCUAACCUUCAAAGCGAGCCAGGAUGCAGGCGCCGACUCUGUGGCAUCCAGCACAAGCGAGAACACUCCAACAGCACCACCAAGAGCAUUCCCUUGCAAUUUCUGUCAAAGAAAAUUCUACAGCUCGCAGGCGCUAGGAGGCCACCAAAACGCACACAAACGCGAGAGAAGUCUAGCAAAACGCGCUAUCAGAAUGGGUGUCUUCUCCGAUAGAUAUGCUAGCCUGGCUUCCCUGCCUCUACAUGGAUCACCAUUCAAGUGUCUAGGAAUCAAGUCACACGCCUCACUGCACCACCCCUUAGUGCCCCCAGUUAGGCCACCGGAACAUUCUAGAAUCACCCCAAAAUUCCGAGAUGCUUACCUUUUCCAGCCCAUCUACAUGGAGGAGGAAGAGGAUACUCACCUCUUGUGGCCAGGUAGUUUUAGUGCAGACGCGUCGUCACCUGUCACUUUUCUUGACAAAACAGCAGCAUUUACCUCAGAAUCAACGCCAGACCUCACGCUCCGGCUAUGAAAGCUCGGUAUCAACCUGUGGUGUAGUGUGUGCAUCUUCAGCUUCCAUGUGUGAGCGACUUUGUUUUUUUUUUCCUUAGAGAUAUUAGCAGGAUUGGCUGAACCUUCUAAUUUUCGUACAACUUGAUCUGUAUAAAUGAGAUUUGAUUGUUUCCUAAUGAUCAUGUAGUCCCUAGAUGCAUGGAUAUCUAUAUUUCAUCAGUAAUUAUCUUUGAUGUAUA